AUGCUCUGGUCCGGCCUGCUGCUACUGUGCUUGCGCAAUGUAGCUGCUGCCUGGGAACACACGGAUGAUGACUUAAUGACAUUCAAAACACUACCGGAUGUCAGGGCGGUCAAAUUCGACAUCGAACACCUUGAUCGCGACCGUGCUGCCCCCGGGUAUUGGUUCGUGUCGCCCUAUUUGCACAUUGACCCGGAUGGCCCGACCAGUGUCUUCGAGCCAUUCCAGAUCGGCCCUCAUAUCUACGACCAGGAGGGGCGCCUGGUGUGGACCGGCUCCAUAAUGUUCGACAACCACAAUGUCUUCGACUUCAGAGGUAUCAACAGCUUCGGCAAUGAAACUCACAUCUCGCUGAUUCAGCAAUUCCCCUUCGAUGAUGAACACCGAGGCUAUGGGUUGGUUAUGAAUCCCAACUUCGAGAUCAUCCGAAAGGUUGCAUUGCGAAGUGAUCUCGGAUUGUUCGAUAUCCACGAAUUCAAUGUCCUCGACACUGGCAAGACGGCUGUUGUCACCACCUAUACGACGCAAGAAAUCUCCCUGGGGGGAGUAGGCGGCUUCGCUGAACUGGACCUCACUUCUGCCCAGGUUCUCCACGAGUGGAAAUCAUACAAUCAGAUCCCGCUGGUCGAGACCGUCCACUACUCCCCCUGGUCUCCUGUGGAAGGAGACCCUGGCUGGGACUACGUGCACAUAAAUUCAGUCGACAAAAAUAGCGCCGGUGACUAUUUACUCUCUAUGCGAUUCACCAACACUAUCUAUCUGGUAUCCGGAGCCGACGGCCGCAUUAUGUGGCGAUUAAAUGGUCAACGUAAUGGCGAAUUUGACCAAGAUUUCAUCUUUUCAAAGCAGCAUGACGCCAAAUUCCUCCACUCGGAAGGAACUCGCCAUAUCAUCUCAUUACUCAACAAUGCAUCCGAUGAGGAAUUUAACGAAGAAAACGUCUCAUCCGCUUUAAUAAUCGAAAUCGAAACCGGAACUACACCUAUGACAGCGAGGGCCUUGCGGCGCUACAAACGACCCGACGAGGAUCUUACCCGGCUCCGAGGGAACGCUCAAGUUCUCCCAAACAACAACAUGUUCGCUUGCUGGAGUAAAGGCGGCUAUAUUUCAGAAUUCACAGAAGAUGGCGAGCUGGUUAUGAGUGCCCGUUUCACAUCCCCACGUUUUUCAAACUAUCGCGCCUAUAAAAAUGAAUUUGUCGGCCGCCCAACCAUUCCCCCAGAUAUGGUGGCCUCCGUUCACGGUACCGAUGAAACUAACCUGGUAACGUCUAUCUGGGUUAGCUGGAACGGAGCCACGGAAGUGGCCAGUUGGAGUUUCUACGCGCGCAAGUCUCAAUUCGAUAAACCCGUUUUCGUCGGCAACGUCACGAGACGCGACUUUGAAACCAUGUUUAUUGCCCGUGGCUACCUGGACUGGAUCACCGCCGAGGCCAUUGAUCGCAAUGGUGCUAUUCUCGGCUCUUCGAACGUCCACCGAACCGAUUUCCCUGACUGGGACGCUGUUGGUUGGGUGGGCUACAGCGGAGAGCUUCCCAAACCACAAGAUCCCGGCACUCUCUACCCGAACGGAGAUGGCGUUGCGGACGAAAAGGCCAAUGACAAUGGCCCGGUGCCAUCCUCAGAUGGAACCGCAAAGGCAGAGGUCAUCAAGGCGACGCAAAUGCUCUCAAAGGCCCAGUCAGCCGUACGCAACAUUGGCGGUCUAUUUGCACUCAUUCUCCUCCUCGCCAUGAUGGCCACCGUCAUGGGAGCCUUCAUGCUGAUUCGCGGCUGGCGAGUCCGGUUCUAUCAGCAAGUUAAAUUGGAAGACGGGCUACCUGAGGAAGAAACCCGCCUGCGUCGGUCAGAAGAUGAUUGA